GUCUCUCCGAAGUCUGAAUGAAUGAAGUAAAGUUAUGGAUGGUGAUAAUGAACUAUGUGGAAGUAAUAUGAUCAAUUCUUCUGCAUCAUGCACUUACUACUUCUCCUCCUCUGAUCAACCCAAGUCCAUGGAAGAUGAACUGAAGCAAGCACUUGUUCAAACUCACAUGGAGCUUGAAGCUACAAGGAAAAGGGCGGAAGAAGAGCUCAGAAACAAAGACGAUCAGCUCACCCACCUCAAAUUCCUUCUAUCUCAGGCCAAAGGAGAGACUCACCAUUCCCAAAUUAAGCUCCAAACACUCAUCUCCCAAACAUUCACUCUACAAAACAAAAUCCAUCAAUUGGAGGAGAUCCAAAACCAAAACCAAAACCAGACCGACCAAUUCUCUGCAAAUAUGGGAUUCGAUUACAACAAACUCCAACAACUCUUCCAUCAUAACCCUCUGCCUCUUUCAGGAAUUUCAACCGUAGAAGACUAUAACAACAACAACAAUAACAAUGGUUUCUCCUUUUCCUCAGAUUCUGACGAAAGCAUUGUUUCCUCCCCACCAGUUAUUCCUCCUCCUCCUCCGCAGCAGGAUCCGACAACACGCCUACUGCUCGACAAGCCAUUGCCGGAAAAGGGAAAACUUCUAAUGGCGGUUAUGAAGGCAGGUCCACUUCUUCAGACUCUGUUAUUGGCAGGUCCUCUGCCGCAGUGGCGCCACCCUCCGCCGCCGCUAGAUUCCUAUCAGAUUCCACCUCCACCGGUGGUGCUACCGUCCACAAACCCUCCUCCUCCUCCUCCGCAGGAACAUUUAAUUGCUAACAGUAACAGUGAUGAUUGCGUUAAGAUGACGAUGAGGAAAACAGAACAAUUCUGUGGUGGAGGCCCUCAUGAUUUUGCUCUUCAACUUCAGAAUAAUAAUAAUAAUAAGCGCCCAAGAAUUGUUCUUUGACAUAUAUCAUUAAUUCAUCUCCCUUUUACACACUCAAAUUGCUAAUUACAUUUACAUAUAGUUUGAUUAA